AUGCUUGCCGUACCAUUUUGGCAGUUCAGCGAAGUAAACACCUAUGAUGAAAGAAUAGAUAGCCAGUUACUGUCAAUUCUCAAAUACAUGCACUGUUCCACCAUCACCAAACCCCAAUCUACUGUCCCCAUCAUUCCGCAUCAGCAUACAUUCUCGCAAGUCAACUUCCUACCUGUGGCUAUGGAAUCAGUAAAUGAUACUGAAGGCGCGGCGUAUCGCCAAUUCCUCCCUGAUCUUUCUACGCCGAGGUUCACCACUAUGAAGAAACAAGAUGCCCAUGAAUACGCUGAAGCUUUCAAGAGCGAGGGAAACCCACCUUGGCUCCACGGCUUGUACAAACACUGGAUCAGUUUACUUGAGGACCCUUUCAAGGGCGUUACCAGCGACGGCUAUGUUAGGCCGGGUCUCUUCAACCUACAAGAUGAAGGAAUUCCAAUUCAUGGCAUUACCAACGCUGCCAAUGCCGUUAUUGGAGCAUCAACCAAGGAUCAGGUCCACCGAAUGAUGCUUCAUAUUGAUUCACCUGAAUGGCGAACUUGGUCGAAUCCAGAGUUUCUCCUAAGCGAUAAGGGAAUUCGGUUAGAUCAAGUCAGCAACGAUCUUCGCGAUCGAGUCAUGAAGGUUCUACAAGCAACGCUAUCAACCAACGGAUAUAAGAAAGCAGUCAGCGCCAUGAGAAUCAAUGGAUUCCUUGGGGACUUGGUCGAAUCGCCAGCGACAAUGAACGAAUUCUCUUACAACUUUGUCCUCUUUGGUAAACCUUCAACAGACAGACCUUGGGGCUUCUCUUUCUAUGGACAUCACCUUUGCCUUAGUAUCUUCCUAUACAAGACCCAAAUUGUUAUAUCACCUUGGUUCACCGGUGCUGAACCAAACGUAAUCGACCAUGGCAGCUACAAGGGGACUAGAAUUUUAUACGUCGAGGAAAAGCUAGGUCUGGAGUUGAUGCAAAGUCUCGACGCAGCGAAACAAAGUCAAGCUCAAAUCUACAAAGACAUGCAUGAUGACGAGAUGCCUGACGGUUGGUGUAACCACGACGAUCAAAGGCAUCUUUGUGGUGCAUAUCGAGAUAAUCGUGUUAUACCUUAUGAAGGGAUUGUAGUUUCUGAUAUGAACGAUGUAUAA